UCCCAGGUAACCGGCUAACCAGCAACCAAGCUCCAGUACCAGCAAGCUAGGAAACGACCGCACUUUCAAUCCUCUCUCUCGUUCUUCCGAAGCUUCCCCUUCUUUUUUCUUCCCUUUCCCACACACCAGUCAGCAAGCUCAAUUUUCUUCUCGUCUCCCCAGACUUUGAUCACAGCUCUUCCAUCUAUUUUUCUCAUCAGCCAUCUUUUUUUGUCUUUCCCAACCGACAUCCCUCUCCCCUCCAUCACAUCAUCCACAUCAAUCACAAUGGCCUCCGCUCGUGUUGUCGCCUCCAGACUUGCCUCCUCCAUGGGCACCAAGGUCGCUCGACCUGCCAUGCGAGCUCAAUUGACCACCGUUGCUGCUAAGCGAACCAUCAGCAAUGCCACUCCCUUCCAGGCCGUCAAGCGCCAGCAAGUCUCCAAGAUCCUGAGCGCCACCACCCGCUCAGCUUUCCAGCAGGCUCCCCGACGAGCAUACUCUUCUGAGAUCGCCCAGGCUAUGGUUGAGGUCUCUAAGAACUUGGGUAUGGGUUCCGCCGCCAUUGGUCUAACUGGUGCUGGUAUCGGUAUCGGUCUCGUCUUCGCUGCUCUCCUCAACGGUGUUGCCCGCAACCCCGCCCUACGUGGUCAGCUCUUCUCGUACGCCAUUUUGGGUUUCGCCUUCGUCGAAGCCAUCGGUCUUUUCGAUCUCAUGGUUGCCCUUAUGGCCAAACUUAAGCAAAUUAACCUCCAUACUUACGGAGGCUGGGGUUCACACUACGAUCUGGAAUGUGUGAAAGAGCAUAUCAGGGGGGUGAUUGGACCGCACAAUGUUGCCGCGUCCUCACCGUGUUCAAUAGGAGAACCAGCAAAUAGAGUAAUUAGAGGUCAAUAGAAGACAGCCCUUGUGGAUAGGGUGAACGCAAAAAAAACCAAGGAGAGGGGAAAGGCAUUUGCAUCGCAUUCCGACAUCAUUGUAAAGAUGGAAGGAAAAAUCCAAAGCCAAUCCUCCUCGGAUGGCACACUUGUAAAAUAAACAAAUCCACCAUCUUCACCAAAAACAAAGAAACGAGGCCCCUGUGUUCCUUUUGUUGUUGUGAUACCUCGUGGAGUUUUCCUAUUACCGCCACCCCUUAAGGCAACAUGUAAUAAUAGGCCAAUCAGAAGA